GCGGUUUCGCAUCGGUACAGCUCCACAAUAUUCUGCAAUGAUUGCGAUCCGUGCCUGUCUUGCCCUGGCUCUGGCCACCAGCGCUUUUGCCGGCGGCCUCCUGCACGGCGACCUCAGUUACGGUGCCGCCUUUGACGGCGUUGGAUCUGUCGGCUACGGCGCCGGCCUGACCGGCGUAGGACACGCCGGUUACGCUGUCGCCGCCCCAGCUGUCGCCACCUACCAGGCCGCUCCUGCUGUCACCAGGGUGACUAGCUACCAAGCUUCCCCUAAUGUCGCCACUGUGCAGACCGCCCCAGUUGUGGCUACCUAUCAGGCUGCUCCUGCGGUCGCCAGGGUGACUAGCUAUCAGGCUGCCCCAGCUGUCGCCACCUACCAGGCUGCUCCUGCUGUCACCAGAGUGACUAGGUAUCAGGCUGCCCCUGCUGUCGCCUCCUACCAGGCCGCUCCUGCUGUCACCAGGGUGACAAGCUACCAGGCUGCCCCAGCUGUCGCUACCUACCAGGCUGCUCCAGCGGUCACUAAGGUGACUAGCUACCAGGCUGCCCCAGCUUUCGCCACUGUGCAGGCCGCCCCAGCCGUCGCCACCUACCAGGCAGCCCCAGCUGUCACUAAGGUGACUAGCUACCAGGCUGCCCCAGCUUUCGCCACUGUGCAGGCCGCCCCAGCGGUCGCCACCUACCAGGCAGCCCCAGCUGUCACCAGGGUGACUAGCUACCAGGCUGCCCCAGCUGUCGCCACUGUGCAGGCCGCCCCAGCUGUAGCCACCUACCAGGCCGCUCCAGCUGUCACCAGGGUAACUAGCUACCAGUCUGCACCAACUGUCGCUAGAGUGACCAGCUACCAGGCCGCCCCAGCCGUCACCCGAGUCUACCAGUCUCAGCCUCUCGUCGCCGCCGCCCCAGCUGUCGCUACAUAUGCUGCUGCUCCUGCUGUAACCAGGGUAGCCACCGCCUACCAGUCUGCUCCAUCUGUCACAAGAGUGUACCAGUCCGCCCCUGUCGUUGCCGCCGCCCCAGCUGUGACCAGGAUUUCCACUACCUACCAGGCCGCUCCAGCCGUCGCCAACUAUGCUGCUGCUCCUGCCGUGGCCACCGUUGCUCAUGCCCCAGCUCUGGCCUCUUUCCACUCUAGUCCUGUUGUAUCAACUGUCCAAGCCGCUCCAGCUCUUGCCAACGUAGCUCACGUCGUUCCCGUCUACGGCUACGGCGUUGGCUCCCUCGGCUACGGCGCUGGUCAUUACGGCUUCGGACACGGUCUUGGAAGCUACGGUCUCAACUACGGUUACGGCCUUGGUGACUUCAACGACUACUCCCUCCUCCUCCGCAAGAAGAAGUAAUGCGGGAGCUUUGAAACAGCAAAAGGAGAACAACGUCCCAAGAUGUCGAGCAUUGUUCUUGAAUAAACGAAAC